UCAAAUUGAACGUCUGAAUUGUGCGCUGAAGUGCGCUCUGAAUUUAGUUGAAUUGACGCGGCGGAACUUGAUGAUCGCUGUCGCGACACAGUUGGCAGUCAACUGCAAUCCACUCGCAAACUCCAAGCUGCAAGUGAAAUCUCACGGACGCGGAAUAUCCAGUGAUAUCCAGCUUCUUUCUUCCCAUUCGAUUUGCGUUGAACUGAUAACGCGAUACAUAUUCACCGUCGGACAUCAUGUCCUUUUUGUACAGGCAGGAGAUAAAAUCGCUGCGGGACGGCGCGCCGAACACUUUCGUAAUCGGUGUGAUCAUAAGCAGCACGAACGUGCGAACGUUCGACAGCACUCGAGCAAAGUUCAGCAACGGCGAACGUAGCGUUUGGACAUUCACUUUGCGCGACUCCGAGGAAGAUUUUAUUAACGUCACUGUGUGGGGCAGCACGGAAUUCGUAAAAAAGUUAUCGUCCACAUUUAACAUCGGAUCCGUAGUGGAAGUGAUAAGUGCGAAAAUCAUAAAACGCAAUCUCAACGAUAGGAACGAGCAAUUCAUGCCGUCGACCUCCAGUCCUUACGCCCUGAUUGUCAACGAGGGUGCGGCUCUCAUACAGAAUCACGACGCGCCAACUCGCGAACGGUACAAGGAUCUGCUCAUGCGACCUGUGAAAAGCGUGACCUCCGCGAAAAGUCUAAAAUUAAUUCUGGAAAACAUCGACGCUCUAUGCGAUCGCUUUGUCGAUCUUCUGGUCGUCGUUACGUUUAUCGCCGAUGCGCGUAAUGUAACGACACGGGACGGACGAUCUAUAACAUGUCGCAGUUUCGAAGUCGCAGAUAAUUCGACGAGUAAUACGGUGCCGUUGAUGCUGUGGGACAAGGAUUGGAUCGAGAGAUCUUCCUUUUGGGAACUGAAGAAGACAACAUUAUUUUUGAUCGACGUUCGCAUAGCGUACGAUGAAUAUAAGAAAAAAACAGCAUUAAGCAUCUCAAAACGAACGUUGAUUACGGAAUGUCUAAAUGUACCACAAGCUGUAGAUAUUACAAGGGCGGUACAGCAUUACGAUCCUGAUUCCAUAUGUAGCGAUCCAUUCGCUGUACCAAAUCCGGACACUAUUACAACUAUAAUGACGGUACAACAAAUCACGGAAAAAUUACAAAAGAAAGCGGUUACAGUAGGUGAAAGAUUACAGUUCGCGACGAUCGUAAAAGCUUCAAUAACAGAAAUGAAUUUGGACGGUCCACUUAAAGAUGUGAUAUCUACAAAAUGUGCUUUAUGUAAAAAAAUCGUUGCAAACAUGCAAGAUUCUUGCAUGAAUUUAAAUUGUCCGUCGGGCAACGGAAUACGGACACCAUUAAACAGUGUAAAGUUUAAUAUAAAAAUUAAUUUGAAGGAUGAUACCGGUUAUAUUAUUGGAUGUCGUUUAACCGGCGAUAUCGCGGAACGAGUUUUGGGUUGCACAGUUGAUGAAUUUCAGGCAAUGGCAGUAGAAAAGCGCAGUGAAUUAAAAUGGCUGUAUUUGUUAGAAAAAUGCGAUGUCUGCCUGCACAUUCUCGGACCGACGUCAGUCUUUCCGCGCGUCUUAUAUAACGUUUUAUCUAUUAAACCAGACAAAGAAACAGAGCAAGCUAUGAAACAGAUUGCAGCUAUGCCUGAAUAUUAAAAAUUAAUAUGUCUGAUACAAAUAAUUCUUCAUAACUGCAAUUAUUAGACUUACACAUUGUAUUUUAUGCUUAAAAGAACAUUAUAGAAAUAUGUUGUAUUAUAAAUGCUUUUAAAUUCUUUUCAAAAAUAAAGCUAUAUCCUGUAACUAUA